UCGUGGUUCAAUGAUUACCACUUUUGUCAUCAAAGGGGGGUGGGUCUGAGGGCUUUGCACUGGGGUUUUGUGCCUCCUCGUGUGGUUGGGGAGACGUAUGUGAGUCCGGAAUGUUCGGCUGCACACUGGGAUGGUUAUUCCAGCUGGAGCUAGUGUCAUUGGCCUUGCUUUUUUUUUCUUUGACGCUUUUCUUCUGCCAGCGGUGUCCUCUUGUCCUCUGCAGUUUUCACAGCGCAGGGCCAAUGCUGAAAGCUUUCCGAGAAACUGUAAGGGUGUCUAUGAAGCAUUUUCUUUUUCAACCUCGUGAGUGCUUCCCUUCCCUUAAUUGGCCAUACAGAAGCCGUUUAGGGAUGUUGGAGUCUUCCAUCUGCAGAUAUGGCCUGCCCAUCGCAGCUGGGACGGACUGCAUCAGGAUUGUGUGGAUGCUUUGCAGGUCCACUCUUCGAAGGACUUCAGUAUCUGGUAUUUUUUCUUGCCAUUUAACAAUCAGUAUUUUUCUGAGACAGAUCAUGUGGAAGUGGCUCUUUUUUGUGUGCAUGUUUUCUGUAUACUGUCCACGUUUCUGAGGCAUAAAGCAAUGUGGGGAAGAAGAAAGCUCGAUAGACCCCUAGCUUUGUUUUUGUGGUGACUUGCGUAUCGCUAAGGCCAGUGCAUCCUUUGUCAGACUGCCGAACAAUGUUUGGAACAGACGAGAACUAAAUAGUCAAUGUUAGGCCUACUAAGACAAUUCUCUUUUUUUUUUAAAAUACUUUUUAAAAGAGUUGGACUACGUACGCCCUACUUUUAAGAUACUUCUAAAUAACAUGGCUGGAUAAAUAUUCCCGAUGUCUACUAACCAUGGAACUAUCAGGGCAAUAAAAAAUGCACACAUAAUUGGGAAUUUCUUUUGUUUUUUGGUAAGACACCGUUUUAAAGAAAAUAAAUUGAAUUUGUUUUUAUUUCAUAAUUUAGAGAAUUCUAAUUACACUACUUUUAAUCAUUGGUUAGUUUAAAACCAAGUUUUUUUUAAAAAAUCGUUGCAUUGGUUGUCUACAAGAUAAGUAUUGGGUACUAGAUGCUAGAUUCUAGUAAAUCUAGGUGUAAUGGAAAAUCACAAGGGAAUGAAAGAGAAGUCCAGAUUGUAUCUACCAAAUCUUAGUGUUGACACUCUACAGUUUCUCCAUACUGUUUGGUACGUCUUUUUAGAGUACGUGGGCGCAACAGAAGAUGCAAGCCACUGGUGGAAGUCAGUGUUUGAAAGGAGAAUCCUCGAAGGCCGGGUUGGAGUUAGGCUAAGAUGGUGGAGAAACACGACGUCAAAUAUAUUAUGGGAACUAGAGUCUUUUAUUGACCACUUCUCGAAACAAGACUUAAACUCUAAGACCUCACUAGAGCAGCAAGUAGAGAUUGUACGAGAUGAUGUAUCAAUGAACAACAUCUGUCAAUCUGACAAGUCACGUGGUCGACCGUCGCCAAGACACAACUCUGUCAAAGUGUAUGUCUCGAAGAACGAUGGGAACCUGAACGAGAACAAGGGGCCGGUAACCGAUGAGUUUGGUUAUCCUCUGGAUGAUGCUCUCCCUCGGAUGCUAGACACAUACUAUUCUCCCCUUGAAUCUGUGGCCAGCAGACAUGUGAAUGUCACUGAAUACAAACCUAAAGCAAGCCUCAGUGAAAUGUCCAUCGACGAUAAAGUCCCAGUUUUAAAAAAGCGUAGCUCAAGUUGGCCUGAAUCUCUCGAUCAAAAAGGCGAACCGUCUCAGGAGGAUAUGUUUCUUCAGGAAAGUUCUCUGAAUGAUGAUCUUGAUGCUAUAAACGAGAAUGUGACUUUGUCCAAAACUUUUGAAUUCAAACCCUCGAUCCAUAGGGAUUUAACGAGUGACGAGGACAUUUGGCACUUCCCCUCUAGAGAUGUUAGUGUCUCUAGCGACUAUCAGGGCUUAGACAAGAAACACUUACAUCUUCCAAAAGUAAGCGGCAAUCUACUGGAUGUAAACAGUCAUCACAACUCGUUUCAGUAUGAAGGAAGCUCAGUGGACAGUGUGGACCUGCCCCAAGUCAUGCGCCGAUGCCCGGUUGAAAACUGCAACGUCCCAGACUGUCUGCUGAACAACAGGCAUAUGGCGCUGCUAACCAGAAGAGCGAACGCAGUCAGGCGGCCAUCCGUUACGAAAUUUGUUAACAAAGUGAGUGACAAGUUGAGGAAGGCCAUCAUUAUCGACGAUACGCCUGUGUCUAUCGAGAAACCUGUGGCUAAAACCAAAAUGGUGAGCACAGAUAUAGCCCAGAGAACGAGACUGAAGCGAGGGGAGACUUCUAGAAUGACGGACAUGUUGGACUAUUUGGAAACGCUCAAGUUUAACAUCGCCUUUACCCCUAGGAGCGGCCCUCCAAAUCCAAUUGAAACUAUACAACGUAGGCUGGGUCUGGAGAGGAUCAACCUGCCCCCUGAGCCACACUAUGAUGUUAUGUUCAAUGAAUAUGACAGCGCUCGUUUGGAGUCAGGAAGAGAUCAUCUUAUUGCAGCCAAAGACUGGUUAAAGUCAUCCUACAAAGACGCUAAUGGGAUUGAAAAGAUUACUGCCGUGAGAAACCCAAGUCACAAUUAUCUGAUACAACAAAAAAAGAAGCGGAAAGAGAAAAUGUUUUACUUAACCGGGAAGGCAGCGUACCGUUACUACAUACUUUUAACUUUGACCGAGACUAAGAUGAAAAUCAGCCGACUUAAACUGGAAAAGGAAAGUCUAAUGAAGAAGUACGAGUGGAAACAAAGAACAUUAAUGGAUAUCGUUAAAAUAGCAAGAGAUUACUACAGUGAUCCAACAGAGAUCAAUCUACAUCGGUGGAAAACUUUAAAGAAAGAACUCUCCUCUGAGACCAAACAUGAAAGCUAUACCGACGUCAGAAUGCACGUGUCUUCCACACCAGACUACUGGCCAUUUUUUAGCUUCAUGAUCAUAUUGCUCCAGUUCAGCUGUUUGUUGGUGUUGUGCUUCAAACAUGGUGUCGGUCUCAGGGGUGUUGGCACACUGAAGUACAUCCGUGUAAACGUCCCCACCUAUCUCGGCACAGAAACCUACUCGAGACUUGAGGAACCCAACCCUUGGCUUGGACCACCAACGCAUGCGUUCUAUGCUGCAGGGGCGGUGCUAGCUUCCUGCAUGAGAGAGGAUUAUCGCCUGUAUCAAAGUACAGAUCUCAAAGGCUACAAACCUAUGACCAUAAAUAAUUCCAAUUAUUUCGGCUGCUGUGAAAGAAAAACACACAUGGUGAAUGUUGCAGGAACCACAACUCUUACAGAAUGUAUAAGUAUGACAAAUGAGCUUGGCCAAUGGACGAGGGGUGUUAUCUGUAGUCAUAGGAACCCCUCUUUGAACAGCGUGGCACACAUCAUCAAGCCUUGCUGUGUUGGCUACCAUGGAGAGUGUCAGAUGGUAUCCAAUGAGCACUGUCUCUUUCUAAAUGGGAUCUUCCACGUCGACUGCGACCACUGUGUUCAGGUAAACUGCCUGAUUGAUAUUUGUAAGCUAAUGCCAUCCAUCAGUGACGUAGUGCCACAGGCAGGCGCCCCUUGGCUACCUGGUCCCGACACACGAUGGCAAUGGUGGCGCUUUCUUACUGCCAUCCCACUCACGUUUGGUUUUGUGCACUUCGCCGCCAUCUUGUUGGUAGAGGUGCUUCUGAUGGUACCAUUGGAGACGUCUGCUGGCUGGCACCGAGUUAUGAUUCUUUACUGCUGCAGUUCAGUGGCAGGAGAAGUAAUUGGAAGCAACAUUGAGCCUGACCUACCCCAAGUUGGGUCCACCAGUGGCGCUGGCGGAAUCGUCGGAGUAGCUGUGUUAGAACUGUUUCAGGCUUGGAGAUUUAUGCAACAUCCGUCGUGGGAGGCCAUCAAACUUGUAUGUUUGGUAGCUUUGUUUUUAUUUCUUGGAACUGUACAUUUAAUCAGUUUAUUUGCUUUUAUUGGAGGCGUUUUUGUUGGGAUGAUGGGCUGUUUGACUAUAGUUCCGUAUAUAACUUUUGGCAGACGACUUAGUCAUUUACGGUUUCGUCUGGUUCUCAUUGGAUUUUGUUUGUUGUUGCCAACUUUGAUUUCUAUUCAAAUUUUAUUUCACUUUGUGCAAGACACAAAGCUGUGCCCUAAUUGUGCAGAGUUCGAGUGUAUCCAAUACACAUAUGUCAUGUGUCAAACUUAUAAUAAAUAAAUGGUUCUGAAAAUAAACUAUCUUAUCAUCACUUG